AUGAUGAUUGCGAUGAUGCAUCACCUGGAGAAACACUACACUGAGUUCUCCGAACAGUGUAGAAGUGACUGUGACAGCCAAUUGGAACGUGCCAACCGAUACUUGAAGACAUAUGGAGAACGGUACAAUUGGAGAUGCAACAGAAUCUCCACGAUUGAGAGCAAAACUCUCGACAGGAAGCCCGACAAUGAGUGCGAUAACGUUUAUGCCACCCAUGUAGAAUAUCUACUUGAGGAGUCGGUACAAGAAUGUGGACACUAA